CAGGUUUGAAUCCUCUAAAGAAAAGUUGAGAAGAGCUCUUGGGGGUCGCCGGGAGAGAAGGCCUAGAGUCCAGAGAAGGAGAGGGGACAACUUUGUUGAGAAAUGAGCUGGGCUGUGGAAGAAUGGAAAGAAGGCCUCUCCACAAGAGUCCUUCACAAGAUUCAAGAACUUGAAAGUCAGCUUGAGAAGCUCAAAAGGGAGCGACAGCAAAGACAGUUUCAGCUUGAAUCUCUGGAAGCAGCUUUGCAAAAACAGAAGCAGAAGGUUGAAGAUGAAAAAAAUGAAGGGGCAACGCUGAAAAGAGAAAACCAGAGCUUGAUUGAACUGUGUGACAACCUUGAAAAAACCAAGCAGAAACUUUCUCAUGAACUUCAGGUGAAAGAAUCACAAGUAAGCUUUCAGGAGGGGCAGCUCAUUUCAAGCAAGAAACAGAUUGAAAGGCUGGAGCAAGAACUGAAAAGAUACAAAUCAGAACUAGAAAGAAGUCAGCAGACCCUCAUUGCAGGGGAUUCAUCUUUCAGUAGCACACCACAGAAGAGCUUUACUAUUCCUACUACUCCAAGUCACAAUGAUUCCAAGUUUGAUGAACUGCAAACAAAAUACAAAAAAGAAGUUGAGGAAAAGAAAAAACUGGAAGCAGAACUGAAGACUGUAAAAUCUCAUAAAACAAAUCCGUUGCUUCCUCAAAGCACUAUGAGUCACAGAGAAAUUGCUCGGCAACAAGCUUUGUCAUCUGUCUUCUCAUGGCAACAAGAGCAGACGCCAAGCUGCCCUCCAUCCAAUCGUCAAGAAACUCGUAUAAGCAGCGGGUCACAUUUUCCUUGGGAACUUGGGUCAACUGGUCACCAAGAUCUAAAAUCAUCAAAGAAAGUUAUUGCCAGCAGCAUCUUGGACAACGGCAAGAGCUCAGCACUCACUGAUGAGAUGAAAAUACAGAACCAAGAGUUAAGAUCCAGAGUUCAAGAACUGGAGCAUAAUCUGCAGAUUCAGACAAGUGAUAUGAAACUCCAUGUAACUAAACUUCAAGAAACUCAGCUGCAAGUGGAAAAUCUAAAAAGGGAAUUAUCAGAAAAAAGCCAAGCUCUGAACAAGAGUAACAAUGAAAUAACUAGAAUUACAGCUGAACUUGACCAAACUACUGCUCAGUUGGUUGCAACUGAGGAAAAGAUGAAGAGGCUCUUGGAGCAGCUGAACUGUCAACGACAAAAUUCUGAAAGUUUACGGCAUUCUUUAGAACAGAAAGUAAAAGAAAAGGAAAAGGAAUAUCAAGAGGAACUUUCUUGCCAGCUGGAUCAAGUGAGAACUAAGCUACAAGAGGAACUUCAUCAAGCCAAGAACAACUACAGCCUUCUUCAAGCAGACCUUGAGAAAAUAAGAUUGGAGAAACAGCGAUUGGAAAAAAAUGCCAAUGACUUUACGCUGAAGUUGAAUGCAGCAGACCAGGCAAUGGAAACAAUGCAGUUGAAGGAAAAGGAGCUAAGAAGAAAUUAUGAGGAAGUAAAGAAGCAAAACAGCCUACUCAGCUGUCAAUCUAGUAAACAGUCACAAGAAAUUUGCCAGCUUAAAGGAGACCUUUGUACGGCCAAACAGCUUCUGCAACAGAGUCAAAGUCUUGCUGAAGAAAUGAAAAGUAAGAAUUGGUCUCUGGAAAGAGAGCUGAAUAUUCUGAAAGAGAAAGCGAUCAAGCAGGAUGAGCCUCUUGAGAAAAUGCAGCUCACUAUUUCUGACCUGGAAAACCAACGAGAGUCUCUCCAACAGCUUCUGAAACAUAAAGAGAACACCAUUGAAAAACUCAGCAUAAAACUGGAGGAUUUAGAAAGUUUGCAGAAUGUUCUUGCCGAAUGUGAAGGUCUUAAAAAAGAGGUUGAGAUUCUUUCCCAGAGGAAAACAGAAAGUGAAAAACUCCUAGACCAGUUUCAUUCAGAAAAAGAAGGAUUAAUGAGCAAAAUGCAUAGCUUAGAAAAUGCUUUAAUGAUGGAACAGAUUAAAAGGAAUGACAGAGUGACAGUUGUGGAAGCUGAAAAUGAACGCCUAAGCAUGGAAAUUAAAAACCUCAAAUGUGUGCUUGAAGGCAAAAGCACAGAGCUAGAAGCAGAAAGAAUAGCUUACGCUGAGCUUCAGCAAAAAACAGUCACUUUUGAGGAAAAAUAUCAGAAAGAGAGAGAGAACAAUUCCCUGAAAGUGUCUGAGUUCACUGAAAAGGUGAAUAUCCUGCAACAAAUGCUACAGUCAUCAGCAGAUGAAGCAUUAGAAAAGGAAAAAUGUAUUUCCUCACUUGAAACCUCAUUGGCUUCCUACGUGCAGUUAAAUACUUGCUUUCAAAAACAAUUUGAAGAACUAUUACAAGUCAGAGAUGAAAUGGAAAGAAAACUGGCUGAAGCAGAGCAGAAGCAUGAUGGUUUUGUGAGGGAGUCUGAAGAGCAUCUCAGUAAGUUACAAGUGGAUCUUUCUGAAACAGAGGGCUUGGUCACUAUUACUUCAGCUGCUCUUGAGGAGAAAGAAGAACAGUUACAGCUUUUGAUCGAAGAGUCUAAAAGGCAAGAAACAGAGAUUCAAAAUUUAAAAACCAGUAAUGAAUUGCUUGAGGAUUCAAUACAGCAGCUAAAACUUGUGCCUCAAACAGGAAGCUACCAGAAACAAGAUGUAUCUCCUGCAAUAUCAUUAAAUAAUACAGAAAUUGAAGGUCUUAAGGACAAAAAUACCCUCCUUCAAAGUGCUAUUGAUACUUCACAACAAAAUUAUGGAGACUUAAUGGAAGCAAAUCUGUGCCUUUCCAAUAAUCUGAAGGACCAAGAUGAAAAUCUCUCAGAGCUGUCAGAAAGGUGUAGAGAGAAUAGUACAUUAUCCUUACAAGUCAAAGAAAGAUUGGAAAAGAAAUGUACAUCGCUGGAAGCAAAGAACCACUACUUAGAAUGCUCUGUAAGGGCGCAAACUUGUCCCUUUGAAGCAGAAAAGGCUGAAUUUAAAUACCAAGAGAAACAACUCACGAACGAACACGAGGAACUUCAGUGUCAGGUCUUGUCCUUGGAACAGAAAAAUAACAUUUUGCUUAGACAGCUUGAAAAAAUGCAGGUGGUUCUUGAAGCUGAGAUUGUUCAAAAAAUUUUAUCAGUUGGAUUAGAACCAAAAAGGUCAGAACAGGAUACAAUGCAACAACAUUAUGAAGUCUUGCUGCAAGAGAAUAAGCAAUUGAUUGAGGAAAUGAGAAUAAGGAACAAACAUGCAACAAGUGGCUUUGCUUUAAAUAAGGCUUCACUGGAACAACUGAUGGUAUCUGUGAAAGAAAAAGAGGAAGAAUUAGAUAAAUAUCAAGUAAAGCUUGAGCUACUUCAGAUGGACCUUGAAGAUAAAGAAGUCUCCAUAAAAAACUAUGCUGAUCAGGUAAAGCAGCUGGAGACUGCACUGAGAACAAUGGGAAUGAAAAUUGAGGAAAGCGAAAGGGAAAAAGAAAGACUAAAGCAAGAAAUACAAACUCUAAAAGAACUGGAAAAUUUAACUUUGGGUUUUGCCAAGGGGGAUGAGAAUGGCCAAUCACCAGCAGUUUUCAAUGCCGUUACCAAGGACAACUUUAACCAGCAAAUAGAUGCCAAGUGUUCGUCAGUUCCUCAUGAUUUGAUGCCUAGCCAAAAUGAUUAUGUCCAAUUAGUAUCCUCCCUUCACAUGACAAUGAGCAAGCUAAAUGAGUUGGAGAAAAUGUGUGAACACCUGCAAAUUGAAAAGUCAACAUUAGCAUCACAGCUGAAAGACUCACAAUUGGAAUGCGCCAUAGGCACAGACACUAUGGCAGAAGAACUCAGGAACAAAAUUAAUGUGGUAAAAGAAAAGAAAGCAGCUUUCUCUGAUAAGUGGGAUCCGAGUGAAAUAGAAAAACAAUUUGAUUUUGAGAAAAUGGUCUUUACGGAUCUGAAAUGUUGUGCUGGGCUCAGCUACGAAGACUUAAAAUUAACUAACAAAGAAAUUAAAGCACAUUUUGAUGGAAUAAAGGAAAAAAUCUUGUCAUUGGAAAAUCAGUACAAAUGCUUGCAUGAGCAGAACGUGAGUGUGGGUUCCAAAUUGUCAGUGGUGCACUGCAGUAUUGAAAUGGUCAAGAAAGAAAACCCUGCAUUGUCAACAAGUCUCAACCAAGCUGAUACCAUUUCAUUCAUAACACAAAUGACUCCUAACUAUCGUGAUAAAGAGCAUCUGUUGGAUGGGACACUAUGCCUCUGGUCUUCACAUUGUAGUAGCACAGCAAGUCUGACAGAAUCUGAUUUUGACAGUGAUCAGUAUAGACCACCAAAUGAAAUAGCUAGGCAAGACAGCAAUAACAAAGAAAGUGAACUAGAAAAUACUUCUGCUCAUCAGUAUUCCAUUACAGAGCUGUGUCAUGAGGAUACAUUAGUCCGCACCAUCAAACAGGGGUGUGUUAUACCUAAGAAUUACAGUCUGAAAAAUAAAAUGAAACAGCUCAUUCUAUGUGAAACCUAUGAUAAGUCCAUCAGGAGGCUUGAAGAAUCCUUUGAGGCCCAAAAAAAUCUGGAAGAUGAAGCGAUAGAGAGGAUUCACCAGCUGCUCCUUUUAGCAAGGAAGGAAGUGGAUUGCCUCCAACAAAAAAAUGUAUCUGACAGUGAGCUGUGGCAGCAAAAACUCCAUAAUGUGGUCCUGGACGUGGCGCCUAAACAGCCAGCUGAACGGAAUGAUACUGAACUCUUGUCUCAGGUACUGGAAGAACCAAGGCUCCAUACUCAAGAUUUGAAUUCAGGUUCUCAACCACUGUUUUAUGUUGGCACCGAACAUCAGUUGGAAGCUGAACAAACAAUCAAUCCACUGUGUCAACUGGAAACAUGUGAUUUGUCUAGUGAAAGUGUGACAUUUGAAGCUUUGCAUGGUAAAGGAAAGGGAAGAAAGUAUGAAGCAAAUGGAACAGAAGGCAAGAGGCCAGACUGUGAAACCAUCAUAGGAGUCAAAUCUAGAGAAGCCUGCCUUGAAGCCUCAGGGACAGAAUCCAUAAGAGUAUCAGAUAAAUCCACAAACCCUUCGCGAAGUCCUGUCACAAUACUUCCUAAUUGUAACAACACAAAUAGAAUUCCUACAGACAUCCUUGAAAAUCACGUAACCACUGAAAGGUCUCCAUUGCAGAUAAAUGUGACUUGUACUCUGAAGUCUAAGCUUCCCCAUGAUAUGGAUGAUAAUCUAGUAAUGGAAGUCCAAAGUGUAAACUCAGGGAUGAGGUCACAGGAUAAAGAGGUGGCUGUAAACAAGGCUGCUUGUGAAGAGUUGGAGAAAACUGUUAAAGAGCUUGAAAAAGAAAAAAAAGACUUAAGUGAGACUCUUAAAUCUGUUACCUUUGAUAACCAACAAUUAUCAUACAAUCUUUUGAGUCUGGAAGUAGAGCUUAACAAGGUAAAAUCUGAUCUGGAAAUGUACAAGGUUUGGCUGUCUGAUACAAGAGAGGCUCUAGAAGACUUAGAAAUGACCAAAUCAGACUGGACUGAGAAACUUCUUGAAGCUGAAAAUGGCAUGAGGAGGAUAAAAGCAGAGAGAGAGAACGUUGAGAGCUAUGCCCUAUCAAUGGAAACAGAUAUUAAAGAGCUUCAGUCAGAGAAAGAGCAGUUAGAAAAAGAAAAUGAAAAUAAAUUGAAAACCAUUUUUGGCCUUCAGGAACAACUUCAUAUCAUCACAGUUGAAAGAAACCAAUUUAGUCAAGAUUUGAGUGCUUUGUCAAAGGAUAAAGAAGAAUUGAACCACGUACGCCAGAAGUUGCAGGAGAGAAUAAAAGAUCUUGAGUCAAGUCAAACAGAUUCUACUGAAUUUAUCAGAAUACUGGAAAGUGAAGCAAAGGCCCAGACAAAAUUGCUUCAAACGGCAAAGGACCAUAUUGCUCAGUUAUCAACAGAAAAGGAUUGCUUGAUGCUGCAGUUACAUAAUUUGGAAAAGGUUGCAGAUGAUCUUGUGUUAGGAAGAGAGAUGGCACAAAGCCAGUUAGAGUGCUUGAGUGAAGAGAAAGAAGCGGUCCUUAGGGAAUAUGAGACUUUACAGACUCAGUUAAAUGACUCUGAAAAAGAAAUCUCCAAGAUCUCUAAGUCUUUGGAAGGGUCACUUGUAGAAAAAGGUGAACUUGCAGCUAGACUAAAUUCUGCACAGGAAGAAGUGGAUCAGCUGCGACACGGCAUUGAGAAGCUCAAAAUCAAAAUAGAAUCUGAUGAAAAGAAAAGAUGUCGCCUUGCUGAAAAACUGAAAGAGAAUGCAAGGAGAGCCGACUGUCUUGUAGACAAAAUUGAGAAUCUUGAAAGAGAAUUGCAGCUGUCAGAAGAGAAUUUGGAAGAUGCAAUUCUUCAGGCAGAAGCAGCCAAGGAAGAAAAGGAAAUAGCAAACACAGAGUUGGAAAAAAUGCAUGCAAAUCUGGGGAACCUAGAAGCUGAAAUGAAUUCCUUAAAGUCUGAGAAAGAACAACUAGAGAGGAAGCUGAAAGAAGAGCGGGAAAAGGCAACUCUUUUAGAAUGUGGAAAGGCUACGUUUGUAAAACAAUUGGAAGAAAAGGUAAUAGAUAUUAAAAGCGAAUAUGAAAAUGCACUGAUAUUAGUACAGUCCCAGCUCAAACAGGCCAGAGAAGAAAUUAAAGCUUCUUAUAGCAAGCAAGAAACAUGUAAGUCCAAAGAACAGGAUCUAAUGAAUGAAGUAACUUCCCUCAAACAUGAGAACACACAGCUAGCUUAUCACCUGCAGCAAACAAAAUGCAAAUAUUCUGAAACAGAGGAAUUGAUGGGAGCCCUUAUUCAGGAACUCCGAGAUAUCAAAGUACAGUUGGAUGAAAAUGAUUCAUUUCUUGAGCAACAGCCAAAAACUGAAGUUUUGCAAGCUCCCCUUGAGGAUCUACAGGCCUUCUCUGAGAAUCCUGAGGAAGAACUGGGAGCCACAGUAUCUCAAAAAGGGGCCAGCAUUGAAAAGGAAGGCUAUCAUAGGCUAUUAGAGCAGCUCAAAAAUGGAGAAAAUGCUUUCCAUCCUCAAUUUCAGCAUUGGAUGAGAUCCUUUAGGGUGUUAAAGCAGGAAAGAGAACAAAUGGUGAAGCAAAUUCAUGAACUUGCAAUUCAGCUGAAGAGAGCAGAUCCAAAUUCUCAAACAGAUGCUGCUUCAAAAGAAGUAAUGCUUGAGCUGGAAGGACUGAGGGAAUCCAUUGAAGAGAAAACCAGAGAGGCAGACCAGAACCUGGAGAAGUAUUGUACCCUGAUCAUUGAUCACCAUAAACUAGAAGAAGAAAACGAGAUGCUAAAGACACAGAUCUCUUUUCUGAACAUUCAGCUCAUGCAGUCAUCAUCCAGUACUGCUGUCAGUUGUCUUUGGCAAAGUCCAGGAAGCCCACCAAAAACUGGUGGUAGGCUGCUUAUGGAAAAGACAAUAUCCAAAAAUGUUGCUAAGGUACAAAGGCAUCUAGAAAAUAGAGGAGGAGGCAAUGAAACCAGGUCACCUUUUCAAGAGACUCUUUUGAGAAACAUUAAAAAGAGAGCUUCAUUUCUACAGCACAGUACAACAUGGGCCCAAGACACUUCUGAGUGUGAGUCAGAUGGCUUCCCAGAAAUAAAUGAAGGAUUUGUUGAUAUUACUCCAAGAAACAGCAGCCCUCACAGUUCUCAUAGAACAGAUUUAAGACCAAGGACAAGCCCUUAUCUUCUUAAUCCAAAACUGGGAUUGCAACCCUCUGUUGAUACCAUAAAUAUCUUUGAGAUGGAUUAUUUUCCAGAGAAUCCAAAAGCAACAGCAGAGGGCAGCAAAUUACUAAAGAUAAAUGAUGCUCAGCUGCAAGAAAUAACAUCUACUGGUUCGCCUCUGGGCUUCAUUCCCAGGUCUCCCCUUUCUACCUGUAAUCAGUCUAUCCAACCAAUUGCUGACAGAUCUGCUGGCAGCGUGGAUGCUUUCAAAGCCAGACUUUCUAAGAGUGCUGUAGAAAAUGAGCUGAAUGAAGGCUGUCAUGUACAGUAGAUCUGGUCGAAGAGAACUUUAUACAUACACAAAAGGCUCCAGAGUGUUCUUGGUGAGCCUCCCUUGGGGUGCUUCACAUGGGAUGCAGUGUGCUUACCACAGCAGGCACACCCAACAACCUGGGCUUCCUGACCCAUGUAUUGCUGUGAUGCCUUUGACAGGAGAAGAACAAAUGUAUUACAACUAUUAGGACUCUAGAAGUGUAUAUGUCUUGGCUUUCCCCCCUCAAGGUUCCCAUAGCAGAUUAUCUUCACAUAUCAUAGGUUACAUAUCAUUGUCCUGAUAGAGUUUUGAGAGAGUAUAUGAAGGCCUUUUGAUAAAUUGUGGAGUUUACAGGUUGGGUCUGUGACCUCACCCUGUGCCAGAUGCAACUCAGUCACAUAUAAGUUAGGAGUUCUCAGUUCCUAUGUAUGCAGUGCUAAAUUAUGAUAAGGACCGCCUUAAUUUACUGAAUGGAAGAAGUUGAAUGGGUUUUGGUAAGGCUCCUGAAAAGCAACCCUUUUAUAAAUGUUCUGGAAGCUGUAGCAAUAGGAUUUUCCUCAUGAUGCAUGCUACAAUGUUGAUCAAGAGAAUUCUAAAGUAUUGUCAUCUUUCCUUCUGCAAUGUGGUUGAAUAUGCUGCUUAUCUCUGCAACCUUCACAGAUGGAACAAGUUAAGCAGGAUGUGGUUUCUGUUCUUUUCCUUGAAAUCAGUGCUCGCAGCUCAGAUAAAUAAUAUAGUAACUCCUGUUCCCCUUCCCUUCACACCACUGGGUCUUGAUAAUAUUUUCUGCAAGUAAAGCAACACUCACCAAAGUUGUUGCUGAAGGAAAUUAUUGAGAAAAUAGUUAUCUUGAGACGUGUACACACACCAACAAUAAAAGAGUUGUAUGUAAAAGUCUAUUGACAUAAUUUUGGACAGGAAGCCUUAGAAACAUUAAUUUUCAAACUGAAGAUGUAUCAUCUCAAGGGUACUCAAGAUGUAGUCAAAGUCAUUAAGCACCUCGGAUACAGGUACUUCAGGGAAUAAAAAUAGCUGGCUAUCUAACCAAUCCUGCUACACAUUUUUUAAGAACAUAAGAGCCCUAUUGGGAUCAUUCCAGUCUUCCAUCUAGCCCAACAUCCUGCCUCACACCACGACUAACCAGUUGCUCUGGAGGGCCAACAACAGGACAUAGAUGCCAAGGCAUUCUUCUGAUGUUGCUUCUUGACAGUGGUAUUCAGAGGCUUAUAGCCUCUGAAUGUGGUGGUUCCCUUUAGUCACUAUGAGUAGUAGCUGCUGAUAGACCUAUCCUCCAUGAAUCUGUUUAAGCCCCUUUUAAAGCUGUCGAUGCCUAUGGCCAUGACUCCAUCCUCUGGCAGAGGAGUGCACCUUUUGUUUGUCUUGAAGUUACUGCCCAUCCCCUUUAUUGGAUGCCCUUGAGUUAUUUUGGAAGAUGGAGGAAAAGGGUUUUUUGUUCACACUCUCUGCCCUGUGCAUGAUUUUAUAAACGUCUAUUAGCCCCACCCACCCCAGCUGAGACAUUUCUGUCUUUCCUGGAGUCAGUGCUUCAUCUAAUAAAAAGCUGGAACAAGCAAGAUUGGUCCUUGCACUUUUAAAAGUCAGAGGAGCAUGAAUGUGAGGAUCCAAAGAGCUGAAAAUAAUUCCACACUCCCAAGAGGAAACUCAGGCUACUUUAAAACUAUAGCCAUCUCCCCCAUAUAUGGCAAACCACUUUUGGAAUGGAGUUCCAAAAGUAAUUUAAAGUAAUACUGAAUUGCUGAGAAUGUUUUAGUUACAUAAAACAUAGUCAAAGGGUUGGGUCCUGUUUAAAUUUUAUGCACAGCAGUGCAAAUGCCCCCUGAAAUAAUGUUCCUGGGAGAUGUGCUCCUCCCCAGAAGCAACAUGAGAUGAGAGAAUGGGGGGAUUGCCCCACCUCUUGAGCAUGCAGAUGUUUUUGACAGGUUUCAAUUCAAAUUACUUAAAUAUGUCAUCUCACAUAACAGGAGAUGUCUAUUGUAAGUGACAUUUUAUGAAAUUAAACCAGAAAAGGAUUUUAAUUUACUGUGUAAAAUAUUCUGUGUAUGUAAUCCUGUUUCUAGCAUACUGUAGAUAUUGAACAUUUGUAUUGUGCUAUUGAGAACACUGACUUAAAUCUGCAAACCUUAAAUUUUCUUUUACUAAGAUACAAUAACACUCCUACCUAGGCUGUCUAUUUGAUAUAUUCCUUUCUAAACCUGUAGUGAAUUCUGAGUCUGCUUGUUCAAUAGACCAAUUUGCCUUGAAAGAAGGUCACAUAAACAACACAGUG